AUGUCUUCAGAUCAAACGCUCACAGACACCAGGGCUGACGAGGGACGAAAAAGCAGCUUCUUCUCUCCUCACAUGAAGGUGGAAAGUGUCUGUAAGCUGACCUGAACUCACUUCAACAGGUGAGGAUCCUUCCAGAGAAAUCUGUUCAUGUUUGAGGAUCAGGAUCAGUGUUUUCACGUGGUGCUGGAUCACUGUUGAACUGUAGAAAUCUUUCUUGAUGCUGAUUGGCUGUUUGAAAUAUGUUGUAGAAUUUCUCUCUGAGUUAAAGAGCAGUGAUUUCAGACAGAUCCACCUGCUCUAUAGUUGGUGUUUGUGGAGUCAACUCAGCAGCACUUUGACAGUAAUCUAAGUCACACCGUCAGGGAAAAAUGCAGGGCAUGUCUGAACUAGUCUGUCAGCCUGGAUCAACGGUCUACCCUUCUGAGGACUUCCUGGUUGAGUCGCCAAAUGUCCCUACCCUCAGGCUCGCGUCACGACUAACUUGAAGAAAAGCUGCGGAGCACAGCAGUUGUUUUUUAAUUGUGCGACCUUUCAUACAUACAAUACACACACUAAACAAAAGACACAGACACAAAACAAUAAAUACAUACAAGCACACAGGGGUUACUACCAAACAACAAAGUGGCAACCAAAAAGAGGAAAGGACUUUACAGAUCAUUUACACAAAAUUCAUCCAAUGGUUGCAUGUUUUGUAUGAAGGAGUAUGAGGGCCACAUUGAGAAUUCUGUGCUUCAGUGUAGGUUUCACAAACAAGGAGAUACUUCAUCCUUUGGGACAUCAGCAUUACAUUGUCAUAAGUAUAUGGACUUUAAAAAGAAUAUAUGAGAAAUGAAUCUUUUCCACAGAAGAAAAAAAAAGAAAAACAGGUGGACUUGGAGGAAAUCGCUGCUUUUGUGGAGGCAGAUACGGAUAUGCAGAGGAUAUAUCUGUCAAUGCAGCCGUAAAUAGCCGUGAAUGACACUGGGCUUUAGUUUAUGAUACGAAUACAUAUGGCAUAAGGCGUUGUUGACGCUGCAAGUGUAGGUUACCGCUGGUGUCAGAGACGUGGUGCGGAGAAUCACAAAUGCUGAUCAUCAGUUGGAUUGUUUCUUGAAAAACCACAAAAGCUCUCUGAAAGACCUGCUGAUGCAUCCACCGAUAACCCUGCAGCUGACCAGUUCCACCCAUUUCCCCUCCACAAAAGCAGCUUUAUGACUUUAUUUACUCUAUGACUUUAUUCUUUAGAAGUUUACAACUUUAAUCUCUAAGUCUUAAAAAAAAAAUUGUCUCGAUGUGGCCCUAAUACUUGGAUGUAGUUUUGGCAGCUUUCUUAUUUCGAAUGUUUUUGAUUGUGGAAGCAGAGCGGAUCAGUUCUUUUCUAAAGAGUAUGAUGUUUGGUUUGCAGAUUUUAGUGAGUUAAGAGAGCACGCGCUCAUGGAGCCUGAGUUGACUGUGUUUUUGGAUUUCCUUUAUAAUCUUUGAAGAGGAGCUGCGUCUCCAAGCGAGUGCGGCCUCUCACCCAAAAUGCGCAGCUGUGCAGCGGCACACAAAGAAUUCUGGGGAUUCCAAGGCCACAAGCGUGCAUAAAUGCACGCUUGAAAAAGGGGCGGAGGCAGGGUGGUUUUGGGACCACAAUUUAAGCGCUUAGAAUCACAAGCCAAAUGGGACACUGUUAGCGCCGUGUGAUGACAUCACACACACUUGGAAUCCACACUUUGACGGUGCAGACCCUGAAUUGAGACACAGCCUUAGUUUUACUGGAGACCCUUUAGCAGGGUCAAAGUCUCAGUGGUCCCAUAGGUUUCAGAUAAUUUUAGAUGGACCACAGCCAGCCCCGGGUGAAAGUGGACUCGGUGUUUGAUUGAAACCCCUCAGCUGUUAGGGGCCCCUAUGAGACAGAAAAUGAACCAUCCUAGGUCAAUGUAAAACAAAAGAUUUUUUUUAAUCAAACUCAUCGAAUAUGUCGAUUCGAAGAGACUUUUUUUUUGUUUCACUCGUUCUCAUUUUAACAAUAGUGUUUAUGUGAUAGAUUAUUGUGAUGACCACAGUGUAUAGGAGAGUCUGGGGGCUGUAACUCAUUCUGGACUCAUCAGAUCCUGUUUCAGGCUCCAACAAGGUUUCUGUCAGUCCUGAAUAUUUGUGCCAUGUUAUUGAGAGGAAUGAGAACUGAAGUGUCCUGUGGUGUAAAAGCUUGUUGUACUGACUGAGCAUGUUGUUGUGUUUGUGUGAAGGUGGGGGCUCUGCUAUGAAUCAGUGUGAGGACAGAGAGGAGGGAGCCCCUCCCUCUAAAACCACUCUGUGGGGGGAACAUGACAGCCAGACCAAAGCUCAGAGGUGAGAUGAGGAUCUCCAACUGUCCAUGACUCUUCUCCAUGUCAGAGCUCAGCACUCACAUCACUACACCAUCACUAUUAUUCACACACAGUCCUCUUUCUUUCUAUCUGUUAUUCUGUCUGUCUAAGACCUGAAGAGCAGCACAGACCAGACUCUCCUGGACCUGCUUCCAGCUGUGUGUCCUUCAAGAGUGACUGGUCAAUGGACAGAUCACUUAAUUUCAAAGAUGGACAUGAGUCUGAUCGUCAAAAGUAAUAAUCUAUAACAGCAGCACUCAAACCUGGAAGAUUUUCAGUGUUCUUGUUUCUUCAUCAGUGUUUGUGUUUCUGUCAGAGUCAAACACGAGAGACCAGACUCUCCUGGACCUGAACCCAGCUGUCUGUCUUUAAAGAGUGACGGGUCAAUGUUCAGACUUAUUGAUUUCAAAGAAGGAGAUAUUUGUGAUGAGCAAAGGUGAGCCUUUCAAACUGAACUUUCUUUUGUUGUGUGUGAAACUUUUCAUCCUAACUGUGGUCAGAGUUUUCUCUGUGAAGGUGAAGAUUUUUCAGAGUUUUAGUGUUCCACAGAGUUCAGCAGCAGAGAUCAGAGGUUCCCAUUGGUCAGUCUGCCCAGGAGCAUCAAACACAGCUGGACUCCAUAUUUAUGGUACGUGUAAAUGUACAAGCACAGCUCCUACUGAUCAUCAGAGCAGACACAUAUUUGGAGGUUUCUGGAUUGUUUCCUAAUGACACUGCAAAAAUCAUCUCUGCCUGA